AUGGAGGUAGUGGAAACCAUACAAAAUCUAAACGAGUACUGGGGACCUCCGUCACUGAACUGGUUCGACUAUUUUGUUGAUGCUCAAAAAUUGUCAAAGUUACUCUCGGAGCCGGGAAAUCGAGAGACGGUGGGUAAUCUGGCACUUCAAUUUGCGGAACAGGCCGCAGGUACACAGAAGGAAGCUGAAAUAAUGAUAAGCAAAGCCUUUCCAAACGAAGAUAUCCAGUUUACGCAUCGAAAAGCUGCUUGCCUUAUUUUAUGUGCUAUGGCUUGCUUUGCCUAUAUUGACUGGGACCUCGAGUAUCUCAUAGACAAGUAG